CAUUGGAGAGGCCGGCUGUCAAUCAGGCGGCACCCCAGCACGGCUCAGCAGCAGAGCAACAGCGACAAGAAGACGAGCCGAGGGAAGGGAGAGCGCCGAGAGAUGGAGGAGGAGAUGCACACGGCAGAGGAGGGGCCCUGCAUCCCAAAAAUCUACAAGCAGAGGAGCCCCUACAGCGUCCUCAAAACCUUCCCCAACAAGCGCUCUAUGGGGCGGAGGUACGAGAGACCCACCAUGGUGGAGAUCCCACAUCUGGGGGCACCUGCAGGGCAGCAGCAGCACACUCACUUUCAGCAGCAUCCAGCCUCCAUCAGCGAGCAGCAGCAGUACCAGCAGGCGCACAGCUCCUACCAAAAGGGGCCCAUCAUCAGAGCGGCCACUGCCACCUCCACCCAGUGCCAGCAGAGGGGAGGUGCCCCGGCCGGGCAUCUGGGCUCCUCCAACAGGUUCUGCCAGCAGCCUGCCAGCGAGGGCACCAUUGAACUGAGUGCAGAGAGUCGGAUGAUACUGGACGCCUUUGCCCAACAGUGCAGCAGAGUCCUUAAUCUUUUAAACUGUGGAGGUAAACUUUUGGACUCUAAACAUUCCCAGUCUCUUGUUUCCAGUGUGAAGCAGGAGAGUAACAGUUACAGCGAGCGGUCGGACCAGUGCCAGCUUGGUAAAGCAUUUUAUAAUCAAGCAUUGGACAAACCACCAGACAUAAAAAUGCAGUAUGUGCAGAAGAAGCAGCAGACCUCCGCUUUCUUGAGGGUCUUUACCGACUCACUUCAAAACUACCUGUUGGCUGGUAACUUCCCAGCUCGGAAUACCUCAUCCACAACUGAUUACGGCCAUAUGUCCGAUAUGGACGUCCUGUCUUCUUCUCCUGUCCAUACAUUGGGUGGUUGGACAUCACCAGCAACCUCGGAAUCCCAUGGUCACCCUUCUUCGUCCACACUCCCUGAAGAGGAAGAUGAUGAUGAAGAAGGAUAUUGUCCUAGGUGUCAAGAACUAGAACAGGAGGUGAUCUCCCUGCAGCAAGAGAAUGAGGAAUUAAGACGUAAGCUAGAGAGCAUUCCAGUCCCCUGCCAGACCGUCCUUGACUACUUGAAGACUGUACUUCAGCAUCACAACCAACUAGUGAUACCGCAGCCCGUAGAGCAACCGACAGAGGGCAGCAAGCAGUUGUUGAACAACUAUCCCGUCUACAUCACUAGUAAGCAAUGGGACGAGGCAGUCAACUCGUCCAAGAAGGAUGGAAGGCGGCUGCUCCGAUACCUCAUCAGAUUUGUUUUCACAACAGACGAGCUUAAAUAUUCGUGCGGCCUUGGGAAAAGGAAAAGGUCAGUGCAGUCAGGAGACACUGGUCCUGAAAGACGUCCUCUGGAUCCUGUUAAAGUUACAUGUCUCAGAGAGUUCAUUAGGAUGCAUUGCACUUCAAACCCUGACUGGUGGAUGCCUUCGGAAGAACAAAUCAACAAGGUUUUCAGUGAUGCUGUAGGUCACGCUCGCCAAGGACGUGCAGUGGGUACUUUCUUCCAUAACGGGACUUCAUAUUUUGAUGGCAUUGACCACCAAGUUUGCCAAGAGGAGAUUUUCAACCGAAGCUCUCAUGAUGGCUCUGGAGAUUGAUGUACAGAGAUGCAUAAAGGCUAUGAGAGCAAGUAAAAAUAUCAAGAAAGAAGAGUUUGGAAGAUAGUAGUGUGCUAGUUUAUUUAAUGUGUAUUUAUUUUUUUGUUACUGGAAAAGUGUCCUAGAACCCAGUGCUUGAGGACAGCCCUGUAGGCAAUAAAACGUCUGCAGUUAAAACAGGCCAAAGCCUAACACGGACCAGAUGUAACAUAUACGUAAGAAUCUUAGUGAAGCGUCAGGGACUUGCUGUUGACCCGAUAUUGUGACUGUUAUGACUACGUCUGAAGACAACAUUACAAUAUUGGUACGAAAAACACUGAAGAUGUGAGUGUUGGUGUGUUCUGUAGAAUUAGCUUUAAUACAGUAGACUUUACAUGUGCUGCUGAACUACAGCUCCCAUGACCUUCAACCAUCCUCCAAGUGCUGGAAGUUCUAGCCCAACAAUAAUCCUGGAGCCUCAUAACCCCGCAACACUGAAGUUUAGUAAAUGUAUACAAUAUUUUUUGUUUGUAAUGCACCCUGAAAUUCUGUUCCCACCUUCCAAAUGUUGAAUACCUUGGUCUGGCUGAGAGAUUAACAGCGGCUCUCCUUUUUUAAUUUAUCGAAUAUUAUUACUGCAUGGGUUAGGUCAUGAUAAUGAUUUAAACUACUUCUGGGAUAUACAGUAUUGCUUUAAUCCUUCAAGUGCCAGCCGCAUGAUUGUCAGAGUGUACCCUGUGUACUGACCACAAAUAUCAUACGUGGUGGCACUUUAACAGUAAAAAAGUAGUGAAAGAAAGAUUAGAUUCCUAGCGGGGAUCUGUCCAUGGCGCGGGGAUCUGUCCAUGGCGCGGGGAUCUGUCCA